AUAAGUAAAUGAGAAGACCUGACGUAAGGAGGAAGAUGGAGCUCGCUUAUAAAUAGGAGCGGCGGGAGGACGAGCUGGCUGGCAAGUGGCAGAAACUUGCAGGGCGCCUCGAUGAUGCCCACGUCGAACCCCUCGUCCGCCAGAGGCUUCCGCAGGGCGGUCUCUGAACUGGACUCCAAGCAAGCCGAAGCCGUGACGUCUCCCCACUUCAUCGGACGCAGGCAGUCACUGAUCGAAGAUGCGCGGAAGGAGCGGGAAGCAGCCGCCGCUGCCGCUGAGUCAGCGGAUUCUGGGGACCAGCUGGUGUUCGAGGAGAAGGAUGGCAGAGCUAUGGUUAACCUGUUCUUCACUCUCCGCUGCAGCAAGGGAUCUGCUCUCUCCCGCACGCUCAAAGUGUUCGAGACCUUUGAAGCCAAGAUUCACCACAUUGAAACAAGGCCAUCCAAGAAAUCUAAAUAUAACCCGGAGAUACUCGAAUUCUUCACCCGCUGUGAAACAAACAGCUCAGACAUCAGCACCUUGGUCAGUUCCUUGAAAAGAGUUGCUGAAGAAGUGAAAACAACAAAAGAAGAGAAAUAUCAUUGGUUUCCAAAAAAGCUAUCAGAUUUAGACAGAUGCCAUCAAUUGGUUUCCAAAUAUGACCCAGACUUGGAUUUCGAUCACCCGGGUUACUCUGACGUUAAGUACAGGGAGCGACGGAAGCAGAUUGCAGAAGUUGCUAUAAACUAUAAAUAUGACAAUCUAAUCCCCAGAAUAGAAUACACCACAGAGGAAAUUGCAACUUGGAGAGAAGUGUACACAAACCUGAAGACUCUGUAUCCAACACAUGCUUGUUCAGAACAUCUAGAGGCUUUCAGGCUACUGGAGAAGCAAUGCUUCUACACUGAGGAUAAUAUCCCUCAACUUGAGGACGUUUCCUGCUUCUUGAAAGAACACUCGGGGUUUCAGCUGUGGCCCGUGGCUGGCCUUCUCUCCGCCCGAGACUUCUUAGCAAGCCUUGCGUUCCGAAUCUUCCAGUGCACGCAAUACGUCAGGCACGCCUCCUCGCCAAUGCACACUCCUGAGCCGGACUGUUGUCAUGAGCUACUGGGACAUGUGCCGAUCCUGGCUGACAAGAUAUUUGCACAAUUCUCUCAGAACAUUGGCCUUGCCUCGCUGGGAGCCACGGAAGAGGAAAUUGAAAAGCUUUCCACGCUUUACUGGUUCACUGUGGAGUUUGGACUGUGCAAGCAAAAUGGAGAAGUUAGAGCGUAUGGAGCUGGUCUACUCUCGUCCUACGGUGAACUAAUUCAUGCCCUCUCCAAUGAACCUGAGCUACGGGAGUUCGACCCUGUGGGUGCAUCAAUCCAGCCCUAUCAAGAUCAGACGUACCAGCCGGUGUAUUUUGUAUCUGAAAGUUUCAAUGACGCUAAAGACAAACUGAGAAAAUACGCUGCUAAUAUUAAGCGUCCGUUUUCUGUGAAAUACGACCCAUUUACCAAGACAAUGGAAGUAUUGGACAAUCCACAGAAAAUUAAGAAGUCAUUGGACGGUCUGAAGGAUGAACUGAAGAUGCUGGCUGAUGCAUUGGAUAUGUUAUCCUAACUUUCUGUAUGACACCCAUUAUAGAAUGCAGUUGUGCUUCUUUCUAUACCACUGUUGCAUUGUCAGCUUCAUUUGUGAGUCAGGGUUCUUAGCUCUCAUUUUAGCCUAACACUGUAUGCUGUUAUACUAAUAUAUAGAUAAAGCAAAUGGAGGGUUUGCUUCACUGUCAA